CAGAAAACUAACAACCAUAACGGUUACCUAAAUAUGAUUAGUGAACAGAAAACAAUUUCAAUUUUAGACCAUAAACCGAAUUAGCUGUUCUGCUGAAGGGAGGGAGGAGACUUUUUCAACUUACAUUUCUAAAUUUGGUCUUCCCAAUUGGAAGGUCGGGAGUGUCUCAAUUGGGUAGACACCCACAUUUCCUGGGUACCCGAAAACGAACUUUCCCUCCUUUCCUCUCCCUCGCUCGCUCGAUAUAACUCCCUAACCAUCCUCCCGCCCUCCCCGACUCCUAUAAGCAGCCUUGGGGCUACCAAGGUAUGUGUGCGGUCUCAGCCAUGAUUAACCCUUUCCGGAUGAGGCCCUCGGGCUGCUUCCUCGCCGUCUUCCUCCUGUUCUCCCUCUCCUCCUCCCUCCUGCCCUCUUCGGAUGCUCUCACAGACUCUCAGGCGGCAAUGAUCACCCGCCGCCAGCUCCUCUCCCUCAAGGAAAACAGCGACCUCCCUGAUAAUUACGAGUACGAAGUCGAUGUCAACAUCAAGUUCGCCAACCAACGGCUCCGCAGGGCCUACAUUGCCCUCCAGGCCUGGAAGAAGGCCAUGUACUCCGAUCCCUUCAACACUACCGGGAACUGGGUCGGGGCCGACGUGUGCUCCUACACCGGCGUUUUCUGCUCCCAGGCGCUCGAUGACCCGAAAGUCAUGGUGGUUGCUGGGGUCGACCUCAACCACGCCGACAUUGCCGGUUACCUCCCCGCGGAACUGGGGCUGCUGACUGACGUCGCGCUGUUCCACCUUAACUCCAACCGGUUCUGUGGGAUCGUCCCGAAGAGCCUGUCGAAGCUUCAGCUGAUGCACGAGUUCGACAUCAGCAACAACCGCUUUGUCGGUCCCUUCCCGACAGUGGUGCUCUCCUGGUCUGGCCUCAAGUACCUGGACAUCAGAUACAACGACUUCGAGGGAGAGCUGCCUCCAGAGCUCUUCGUGAAGGACCUCGACGCAAUAUUCUUGAACAACAACCGUUUCAAAUCAGUCAUCCCUGAGACAAUCGGUAAAUCGAUGGCUUCAGUCGUGUCGUUUGCCAACAACAACUUCUCUGGUUGUAUCCCGCGCAGCAUUGGCAACAUGAGCAACUUGAACGAGAUCAUCUUCUUGAACAAUGGACUCGGUGGGUGCUUCCCGGAAGAAUUAGGACAGCUUGGCCAGGUGACGGUCUUUGACGCGAGCUCCAACUCGUUCCUCGGCACCUUGCCGAAGAGCCUCUCGAGCCUGCAGAAGGUUGAGCAACUGGAUAUCUCGCACAACAAGCUGAUAGGUUUUGUGCCCGAGGGUGUCUGCAAGUUGCCGAGCUUGCAGAACUUCACAUUUUCUGACAACUACUUCAGCAGAGAGGCCAAGGCGUGCUUGCCAUCUCCCGGCGGUAGGACUGUGCUUGAUGAUAAGAGCAAUUGCCUGCCUAACAGGCCGAACCAGAAGUCGCCAAAGGCAUGCUUCCCUGUUAUAAGCCACCCCGUCGAUUGCAGCAAAGCCAACGGCGGAUGCCAUUCGGGGCCCUCUACACCGACUCAGACACCAUCGAAACCCACAACGCCUACACCAUCCCAGCCCACACCAUCGCCAUCAAACCCCCAUUCCCAUCCGCCGAAGAGCUCACACCCUCCACCGAAGGCACCAGCCCCACCAUCUCCAAAGGAAGAACCUACGCCAUCAUCUCCUCCUCUUCCCCGGGUUCCCGUCUCUCCGAAGGGACCGAAGCCGUCUCCCCAACCAGUGACAGAACCUCCUAAACCAAAGUCUUCUCCACCACCUGUGCCCAAGCCCUCUAAGCCUACUCCUCCCAGGCCCUCAAAGCCCACCACACCAACUCCUAGUCCACCGGCACUAACUACUCCUCCUAAACCAUCGCCUGUUCCGACUCCCAACCCUCAAGCUCCAGCUCCAGAAGGACCAGGGGAUCACGACCAAGGAGGAAUUCCCCGUGAGCGGAUUAGAUCCCCUCUGCCUCCAAAGCCGGAGCAAUCACCUGUACCACCUCCCAAGGCAGUUCUACCACCACCUGCAUCGCCUCCCAAUCCGAAACAAUCUCCACCGCCAUCUCGCGCUACGCCACAAUCACCUCCACCAUCUCCGGCACCGGAGAAACCACGUGUUAGUGCACCAUCCCCGCCCCCAGCACCGGAGAAACCACAAAUUCAUCCACCUUCACCAAAGCAAGUGCAGCCACCUCCUAAACCAGUUAGCUCCCUGCCACCGGUAGAGCCGAAGGCUCCAACUGUUGUCCCUCCCAAGUCCUCAGCAACGCCGCAAGUCCACCUUAGCCCACCACCACCAGUUGCGUCUCCUUUACCUCUGCCGCCUGUCCAAUCCCCACCUCCGGUCGUUCACUCUCCACCUCCACCAGUGCAAUCUCCACCCCCGCCCGUCCACUCACCUCCACCACCAGUCCAUUCGCCGCCGCCGCCACCCGUCAUCUCGCCUCCCAAACCGAAACAAUCUCCACCGCCAUCUCUCGCUACGCCACAAUCACCUCCACCAUCUCCGGCACCGGAGAAACCACGUGUUAGUGCACCAUCCCUGCCCCCAGCACCGGAGAAACCACAAAUUCAUCCACCUUCACCAAAGCAAGUGCAGCCACCUCCUAAACCAGUUAGCUCCCCGCCACCGGUAGAGCCAAAGGCUCCAACUGUUGUCCCUCCCAAGUCCUCAGCAACGCCGCAAGUCCACCUUAGUCCACCACCACCAGUUGCGUCUCCUCCGCCUCCGCCGCCUGUCCAAUCCCCACCUCCGGUCGUUCACUCUCCACCUCCACCAGUGCAAUCUCCACCCCCGCCCGUCCACUCACCUCCACCACCAGUCCACUCGCUGCCACCACCCCCCGUCCACUCCCCUCCUCCACCCGUGCACUCUCCACCACCCCCCGUCCACUCCCCUCCACCACCAGUGCACUCUCCACCGCCCCCCGUCCACUCUCCCCCACCGCCCGUGCACUCUCCACCACCACCAGUUCACUCCCCACCACCACCGGUCCAUUCUCCUCCUCCACCAGCCCACUCCCCGCCACCACCCGUACACUCACCUCCACCGCCAGUCCACUCACCGCCACCACCCAUUUUCUCUCCCCCACCCCCUGUCUUCUCUCCGCCACCACCAAUCGCUUCUCCACCUCCUCCUCCUGUUGUCCACUCUCCUCCACCACCGAGCUUCGACGACAUACACCUCCCCCCGAUCUUCGGGUCCCAGUACUCAUCCCCACCCCCGCCAAUGUACCCCGGGUACUAAUAACUAGUCUGUAAUUAUGAAAUAACAUCUUCUUGUAUAGCUAUGUAACAUCAUUUUAGAUUUCGAACUGCCGUUAUUUACUUUGCCACUGGACGAUUAACAAUACAAAGUGACAAAAGGUCUUGUUCAUCAAUUAAUAUCCGGUGGACUAAGUUUGUUAUCAAGGCAGUCUAAUAUAUAUAUAUAUAAGGAGGAUUCUUUUAUAUUUUAUUUACGUCAGUUGUAGUCCAUGACCUUCACAAGCAGCAAUGAUGCUCGAUUUGAUUC